AUGGGAGGAAGUAAGGGCCCAAGCAGGGCAGGGGGUAGUCGUAGGAAUUGCUGCUGCUUUUUAGAGGAAGGGGCCUCUGUAGGGUUCAGCAGCUCUGCCCCAGCCAGGGGCAGCUCAGGGUUCAGUGGACUCCGCUCAACUUGGGUCAACCUUCCUCUCACGUUGGCUGACCAGGUUGCCACCCAGUUCAAGAUGAGCCUCUUGCAGCUGGUGGAGAUACUGAAGUCUAAGGAGCCUGCCUACAUCCGCUGCAUCAAGCCCAAUGAUGCGAAACAGCCUGGCCGCUUCGACGAGGUGCUGAUCCGGCACCAGGUGAAAUACCUGGGGCUGAUGGAGAACCUGCGCGUGCGCAGAGCCGGCUUUGCCUAUCGCCGCAAAUACGAGGCGUUCCUGCAGAGGUACAAGUCACUGUGCCCAGAGACAUGGCCCACAUGGGCAGGACGGCCCCAGGAUGGGGUGGCUGUGCUGAUCAGGCACCUUGGCUAUAAGCCAGAAGAGUACAAGAUGGGCAGGACCAAGAUCUUCAUCCGCUUCCCCAAGACACUGUUUGCCACAGAGGAUGCCCUGGAGGUCCGGCGGCAGAGCCUGGCCACGAAGAUCCAGGCUGCCUGGAGGGGCUUUCACUGGCGGCAAAAAUUCCUCCGGGUGAAGCAAUCAGCCAUCUGCAUCCAGUCUUGGUGGCGUGGAACUCUGGGCCGGAGGAAGGCAGCCAAGAGGAAGUGGGCGGCACAGACAAUCCGGCGGCUUAUCCGUGGCUUCAUCCUGCGCCAUGCGCCUCGUUGCCCUGAGAACGCCUUCUUCCUGGACCACGUGCGCACCUCUUUUUUGCUUAACCUGCGGCGGCAGCUGCCCCGAAACGUCCUGGACACUUCCUGGCCCACACCCCCACCUGCCCUGCAUGAGGCCUCAGAACUUCUACGGGAGCUGUGUAAGAAGAACAUGGUGUGGAAGUACUGCCGGAGCAUCAGCCCUGAGUGGAAGCAGCAGCUCCAGCAAAAAGCCGUAGCUAGUGAGAUCUUCAAGGGCAAGAAGGACAAUUACCCCCAGAGCGUCCCCAGGCUAUUCAUCAGCACACGACUUGGUACAGAUGAAAUCAGCCCCAGGGUGUUGCAGGCCCUCGGCUCUGAGACCAUCCAGUAUGCAGUACCUGUAGUGAAAUAUGACCGUAAGGGCUACAAGCCCCGCUCACGGCAGCUGCUGCUGACACCCAGUGCUGUGGUCAUCGUGGAGGACGCCAAAGUCAAGCAGAGGAUUGAUUAUGCCAACCUGACCGGAAUUUCUGUCAGCAGCCUGAGCGACAGCCUCUUUGUGCUGCAUGUGCAGCGUGAGGACAAUAAGCAGAAGGGGGAUGUGGUGCUGCAGAGCGACCAUGUGAUCGAGACACUGACCAAGACAGCCCUCAGUGCUGACCGUGUAAGCAACGUCAACAUCAACCAGGGCAGCAUCACGUUUGCAGGGGGCCCUGGCAGGGAUGGCAUUAUUGACUUCAUACCAGGCUCAGAGCUGCUCAUCACCAAGGCCAAGAACGGGCACCUGGCUGUGGUGGCCCCACGGCUGAAUUCCCGGUGAUGAAGGCACCCACUGGACCCCCUCCCACUUCCCAAUGCUUUCCGCUCACCCCCUCCUCCCCAUCCCAGUUACCAAAGACUCGAGCUUCCAGACAGGGACCCAGGGGCACCUCGAAGCCCGCCGACAGACCCCUGCCUCCUGCUCACCCCUCUCUUAGGGAGCGGCAGGGGCCAGGGAGCUGCCCUAGAGUGGGCCAGGCUGGCACACAGCAAUGGGAAAGCCAGGGCCGGAGGCAGCUGUGCCAGCCCCACUGCUGAUGCCAUAUAUUUGAGAGAAGGGAACUUUUGCUGAGGUUUUCUCUGAUAUUUUUUGAUGCUUUAUAGGAAAUUAUUUUUUGAAAAAGCCAUUUACCCACCCAAGACACACUGGAUGUGUUUUCCCUGAGUCCAGCAGGGCAGGGAAUGUAGCUGGUGUUUUCCCUGAGUCCAGCAGGGCAGGAAAUGUAGCUGAGAGGUUGGGUGGUUUGGGCCCUGGUGCCGUCUUCCCUGCCCAGGCCACCCUUUCCUCGUUCCCUUGGCACCUUGUCUGUCUGCCUGCCCACCCACCUGUACUCUUUGCAGCCCAUUUUGACAUCCCCCUGGGGGCUGGGACCACCCUUGCCUGCCUCCUCCUUCCUGCCUUAAAAAUGCCCUUUCAAUAUCACCCCAGCCUGAGGGUGUCCUGGAGUUGGAGAAGGAGCCUUGGACCAUAGAAUUUAGACACUGAGAGAUCAUCUGGUCUAGCCUGCUGGUACAGGGAAACAAGAGACUGGGAGGAAGGGCCUGCUCCUCACCUAGCAAGCUGGGGCAGAACCAGGACUGCCGCCUUGUCUUCAGCACACCUCACUGCCUCUUCCAGGGACAGGAGCCCCAUGAAGCAGGCUCAUGUUUUCAGGGUGCAUGUGGCCCCCUGACCAGCAAUCACCCCUGGGGGCCACCAGGUGGGAGGAGCACUCCUGCCUCAGUCCAUGCCUUAGGACGACAAACACCCUGCCCGUACACUUUGGCCCCAAUUCAAGCAUAUAGGGCCUUUACUGGCUCCUGGCUCCCUCACUGUCCUGGGGGCCUGGGGAAGGGGCUGCUGGCCUUGGGACGAACUACAGGGCCACCACCUCUUUCUGCUGCUUCCCCCCCCCCACACCUCUCCAGAGGGCCUGGGGGCUGCUCAGCUGCCUCUGCCUUCUUGGGGGCUCGGCCCACUGCUGACACUUCUGCAAUCCAGAGAAACACUAAAUAAAGCAAUAUGUGUCUGCCAA